AUGCGUCCCUCGCCGAUUCCUGCAACAUUGCUAAGCUUGCUGUCUGCUUGGCUGCUGCUCCCAUUUGCCGUCCAUGCUUCUUACUUUGAAAUCACGGCGCCUUCGAACGGGACGCAGUGGGUAAACGGCCAAGCAAAUCCCGUUACAUGGAAGAAGGGACUGCUAGACGGGAUCACCUCUUUCGAUGUAGAGCUAGCGAGGUUGAGCCAGGACGGUUUACUUUAUGCCGCGAAAGAUGUCCCCGCAGACAGCUCCUCCCUGAACAUCUUCCUGCAAGACGUCCCCGCCGCCGACGACUACUUCCUCCUCUUCCUCAACUCGACGCACGGCGUCAUGUACACCGUCUCCGACAAAUUCUCCGUCGUCGCCUCCGGUUCAUCCGUUUCGAGCAGCCUGCAGCCCGCCGCCUCCGCGCCGACCGUCAGCAUCGUCGGCGGGCCCAAUCCCACCAACGCGUUUUCCACGACGUUCCCGCCCUCGGCGAACGGCGUCCAGGCGUGGGCCGUCGUGCAGGGGUCAGUGAUGCAGAUGGGCGCCGUCGCGACCGUGCUCGCGAUCUCGCUGCUGAGCGGCGCGCUGGCUGUCUUAUAG